GGAACAGCCAGUCGCUCUCGUGUCCGCAGCGAAAGGGAAAAUGUCGGCGCGCUGUCGGUGCGCCCGUUCGUGCCACUGCCAGUGACUCCUCGCCUCCGACGCGGUGUGCAACGCGCGAUAUCUCGACCGUAACAUCGAGCAUCCCGACGUAGGUGACCUUAUCUGUCAAAAUUCGGUCCGAAGAGCGUGCUGAUACGCCCCGGUCGGUCCGUGCCACGAUUUGAGUCGACUUGCGCGCGCGAGAAAGAGAACGAGAGAGAGACCGAGGGAGAAAGUGAGAUCGCGGCACAAGUGGGAGAAAGAUAAAGAGAGACGGAGGCUAGGUGCAAAACUACACCGCCGUAUAGGGGACGCAGUGCUACGAGGGUAGAGCCAGACAGUGAGAAGGAGGAGAAGGAGAGAGAAGGCACACCGAGAGAGUAGUGACAUGGCGUCGUUAGCGAUGUCAAUAGCAAAGAAUGAGUUUAUUGUGGGGGGCAAGUACAGGCUGAUGAGGAAGAUCGGCUCGGGCUCGUUCGGCGACAUUUACCUCGGCAUCAACAUCUCCAAUGGCGAGGAAGUUGCAGUUAAGUUGGAAAACAUGAGAGCCCGACACCCGCAGCUUUUAUAUGAAUCAAAGUUGUACAAAAUAUUACAUGGCGGUAUAGGAAUACCGCAUGUACGCUGGUAUGGCCAAGAACGUGAAUAUAAUGUUCUUGUUAUGGAUCUUCUUGGACCUUCUUUGGAAGAUCUUUUCACUUUCUGUUCAAGAAGGUUUACAAUUAAAACAGUCUUGAUGUUGGCAGAUCAGAUGAUUGGUAGAAUUGAAUAUGUUCACUGCAAACACUUUAUUCACAGAGAUAUAAAGCCAGAUAAUUUUUUAAUGGGAAUUGGACGGCAUUGUAACAAGCUAUUCCUAAUCGAUUUUGGACUGGCUAAGAAGUAUAGGGAUAGUCGUACAAGACUGCACAUAAUAUAUCGUGAAGAUAAAAACUUAACUGGCACCGCAAGGUACGCUUCUAUUAAUGCGCACCUUGGGAUUGAACAGAGUCGUCGUGACGAUAUGGAAUCACUUGGUUACGUCCUUAUGUACUUUAACCGAGGAUCAUUACCCUGGCAAGGUCUCAAGGCAGCAACAAAGAAACAAAAGUAUGAGAAGAUUAGUGAGAAGAAAAUGUCCACACCAGUAGAAGUUUUAUGCAAGGGAUUUCCCGCCGAAUUCGCGAUGUAUUUGAAUUAUACGAGAGGCUUGCGUUUCGAAGAAAGUCCAGAUUACAUGUAUUUACGUCAGCUUUUCCGCAUACUUUUCCGUACAUUAAACCAUCAGUACGAUUAUACAUUUGAUUGGACAAUGUUGAAGCAAAAAGGGAAUAGCACUCUUAGCGGUGGAGUAGCAACAGCUGGACCAGGUCCAUCUCAAGGUGCUCAGGGUACUCAAGGGCAAGGACAAAGCCAAGGUCAGGCACCUACUCAGGCCAACGCUCAAUCAGGAGCGCGCUAAGACUAUAACUCCAGAUCGUAGCAACAACCUUGAUUGCGAUCACUGAAGUGUUUUAUACGAAAGGUAUUGAACUUCUUACAAAUUGUUCAUUCAAAGAGUCGUAUCAGUCAAGGCUCUAAUUUCGCGGAGAAAGGAGGAAAGAGACAGAAAGCGAGGGCGAAAGAGAGAAAGCGUAUGAAUUAUGUGAUUACAAAUGUAACAUUCUUAUAAUGCGACAUAGAGGAAGAGGUGUAUCACGUAAUUGCAGUUAUAUAUGAGAUACUUUGUGUAGCAUUGGUACUUAGAGUUUCGGUUGAUUGAACUCUUUGGAUUUGAAAUGCAAGUGAGACCAGCCAGCCAGAAAGUGGCAUAUGUUCUUUAUUUUGUUACUAUAUAUUUAAUUUACCAUUACAAUAAUUGAAAAAGAAAUAAAGGUUUUGAUGUCCUGAGAAGAUUUUUGUAAACGGAUACACGUGGUUAACCUCGAAUGCGAAUAGUCGAUUAGAUCGGAGGUUUGCUGUAUAAUUUUCAUGGAGAGAAAGAGAGGACAUUCAGACCAUUCUUGUGGUGAUCCUGUAAAAUUUUAUAUCUAUACAAACGGAAACGCGACGUGAGAAAAUACGCGAGUGUCUUGUGAGAGAGAGUAUGAGCACUAUCGUAAGGCGAACUGACAACUUGCUUCCUAAAUUUUCUUUUGUCUUCAGUGUAUAGUGUGAGCAUACGUGGAGUACGUGGAGUGUUGAGAAAAUGUUAAUAUUUUUCUUAUCAGGGUGAUAUAUAUCGAUAGCGCCAAGGAUAUCAUUCAACGUAUCUCUGACGCGUUCGAACUGAAUAACUUUUUUUUACAUGUAUAAACGAUGAUGUCUCCCCGAUAUGAUAUUGACAAGUAACGUUUAAAGAUACCGUAAUAUUAAGGCAACCACCUAAUUUUUAAGUAUCUACUACCGACUACUAUAUCGCGUAACAGAACGAGUAACUGUAUGGAGAAACGAACAAAUGAUUAACGAUUCUAUCAUAAGGAUAUUCCUCAAUUUACUCUCUUUCUGUCUGUGAAUAUGUUUACUCGAUCGCAGAAAUAAAAUUAUCGCUAAAGGAAAAGAGAGAACGUUGAUUAGUGCGAGCUAGUUACAGGCUUACUUUCGUCUAAAAGAGAUAUAGAUGAAGAAAGAUAGAGAGAAAAAAACUCGUCUGAAAAGUACUCCUGUAACUCAGUUUAGCUGAACAAUUCUUCCGUAUAUAGUUUUAAUAGCUGAGACUGUGUAGCUGUUUCACACGUGCUGUUGCUUCAAUAUUAAAUUUGAUAUUUUAUGUAGACAUGCGACUUCAUAUUUCAUAAUCGAGCAUUUUUCGUACAUAUACACACCUUCAUAUAUAACACACACAUAUACACAACAUUGAGAAAAGUCAUUUCGACAGUCUGAAUACUUAUCGAUAUCGACAAUUAUUAGGGAACACGAUUAUCUCUCUUUAUCUCGCGUUUAAGGUUUUAGUUAUAUUAUUCAUUCUAGCUGCUAAACUUCACGUCCAUGCUCUGCGAACAUUAGUUCCAAAAAGGAGAAGUUAUAAUCACACACACACCUUUAACGAAUAAUAUUAGUGUGUCACGUCCUCGUCGUGGAAGGUACUAUCAGUCGUCCGGUCAGCCUUAAUACGAACUGCGAUGUACGAUUGCGAAAAUAAAUUCGACUCCGGAAAUCUCCAAGCUUAUAUAUUAUAAGGAAGUGGAUUACACCGCCUGACGGACAUUUUCUUUUGAGACCGAGAACGAAAAAGCUACAACCAUCCUCGAUCGAAUGCGUGGUUAAUUAUUAUUAUUAUUAAAGAGAAUAAAUGAAAGUGUAAAAGAGUGCGCGCAUUGCUAUGCUGUGAGAGGAAUGAAUGAGCGAGUAAGUUAAUAAAAACAACUAACGAUAUAUGCACUUAAUACUAUCUGCUGUGUGUAUGUGUAUGUAUAUACACAUAUAUAUAUACUAUAUGAAAAGAGUGUAUGUGUAUAUACAUAUCGCACAUACGCAUAUCUGUAUGUAUAAUAAAAUUGUGACAGUAAUUAAGGCAUACGUUAUUUCAUAAAUACUGAAGAAUACAUCAACGGUUUACUGCUCUCCUUUUGUCUUUACUAAUAAAAGAAUUAGAAUAUUGUACUAUAUAA